UACUUAUUGCUGACUGGGUUUUUUUUCCCUUUUAGCUUACAGAGAUUGCAGGGCAACCCAUACAGUGCCUCACUAAUGGUUCGAUGGCUGAAGUCUGUUUUUACCCUACAUGCAUCCUACCUUUCCACAUUGCCAGACCUUAUUCCUCAGCUGGGAAUGUUAUAUCAGUUGAUGGAGAGCAGAGUAAAAACUUUGCAAAAGCUUUCCCGUCUGCAUGGAAGACUCUUCAUUCUUGUCACCCAGGUUGCAGCAUCACAGAGAGUUCAGGAUGUACCCGAGGUUAAUCAGACUGCAAAGCUGGUCUAUGAGGAUGACUCCUCAGAGGAGGAAGGCUCAGAUGAUGAGAUGAUCGCAGAUAAAGACUCUGACGAAAACUGGGAUGAAGAUGAUGAAAAAGAGGAGCAAUCUGAUGAACAAGACAUGACUGUUGAAAAGGAAAUCAAUGGUGAUUCUGAUUUGGAACCAGAAAAUGAAAGUGAAGAAGAAUAAGAGCACGAAAGAGUAAUUUUAGCGGUUUGAGCAAGUGGGCCACCGAGCUCUUUGAUUCUGGAUCCUGUUGCUGACAGAUGCUGUAUUUGCACAUCAGGAGUGCAAAGCAUUGCACAGCCUGUGUGCAGAGGCACCUGUGGGGCACUGCAUUUCUGAAUGCAGAAUGUUUAACCGUGCCAGCCUUCUCUCGCCCUCCUUCCCUGCGCUUCCUUAGAGAAACAUUUCCUCCACCUCCUGGUCAGAUUAUGCCUGUCAUGUGGACAUGCAUUUGUAUCUCAAGUGAAAUAAAUUUGCCACCGCUGUUUGUGUGGGAAACUUGGUUCAGCUUUACAUUGAAUUUGUUUCAAAUAUUCAAGGAUCAAAGACAACUGGUCUAUACCUUCUUUCCAUGCUUCAGUUAGCAAUAGCAAGUGAGCAUCCUUCUGAUUUUCUUUUUAAAGAAACAGAAAAAAGAAAAAGAAGAUAUUUUUGUAAUAUUUAAAUUCUGUUCUGAAAUUCUUUUCUUUCCCCCUUUCAUUGGCUCAGCCAUACUUUGGCAAUAUGUAAAUGCCAACUUGACUUAAAAAUGGGUUUUUCCCUUUUUUUUUAACAAAUUUGAACUCAAGACUUUUAUAUGUACAAAUCAAUUACUUUUCUUUUGCUUUAAAAGGCCAUUAGAACCAUCACUGGCUCCUAAUUUUGUUUGAAUGGAGGCUGUAUAUAAAUUUAAUGCUAACCCAGAAGACAGACCAUGUUGAGUUGGGUGGGGAAAGGGGAGUGACCCAGGGAAAGGAGAAGGUGAAUGCUUGUGAAUACAUAGCACAGAGCUAUACUUUUCUUAUGGAUUUUUAAUCUCUCAGUGGCAGAACAAGGACAGUUCUUUGCUCAGCUAAUGGGAGCUGAAGUGGUGCAAACCCGUUUUUAAGAGCAAACCAAGGGAAAUGUUUGAGCCAUUCACCACUAUAAUGUACAAUAAUAUAUUUGUCUAUAAAUGGAGCUGUUGCAACAAAUACCACCCUCUUUGUAAAGUGAAUAAAUAUACAUCUCUUUUACCAAA